AUGGUGUGGUGGUGCUUGUUUGUCCUGGUGAUACUUAGUGGUGGUAAUCUCGACAAUGGAGGAGAGGAAAAAGAAGAGACAGCUCGUGAAGGGAGCUGUUGGUCAUUCUCAGCAAUUGGUGUUGUGCAAGGAAUUAAUAAGAUAGUGACUGGCGAACUGAUUUCAUUAUCAGAACAAGAAUUGGUGGGUUGUGAUACAGGAUAUAACAUGGGAUGCAAUGGAGGACUUAUGGACUAUGCAUUUGAGUUCAUCAUCAACAAUGGAGGCAUCGAUUCCGAGGAGGAUUACCCUUACCGUGCUGUUGAUGGUACAUGUGACCAGUAUAGGAAAAAUGCCAAAGUUGUUUCUAUUGAUUCUUAUGAAGAUGUUAAUUCCUAUGAUGAGUUAGCAUUGAAAAAGGCCGUUGCAAAUCAGCCCGUGAGCGUUGCUAUUGAAGGAGGAGGAAGGGAAUUUCAACUUUAUUCAUCUGGUGUCUUCUCUAGAAGAUGUGGAACAACAUUAGAUCAUGGUGUUGUGGCUGUUGAGUAUGGUACAAAAAACGGUCAUGAUUAUUGGAUUGUGAGGAAUUCAUGGGGUGCUGAUUGGGGAGAGGAAGGAUACAUCAGAAUGGAAAGAAAUUUGGGUAACAACAGAUCAGGAAAGUGUGGAAUUGCGAUCGAGCCAUCUUAUCCCGUUAAGACUCCGUCAAGCUAUCCUUUUUCGAGAUUGACUUAUUCUCUGAUCAAGCAGUGCUUAAGAGCUAGCAACCGGGUCGACGGCAGACGGCAGUACAAAGUCGACGGCGACGACGCACGGUGA